AUUCACUAGUCGCAGCGGGCGCUCCGCUUCGAAAGCACUCCUCCUCGGCUACCGUGCGGUCACGCACCGCACACCACCGCGAUGGCGCGCGUCUACGAACCCUCCGACUAUGUCAUCGAAAAGUCCCGCGUUCCCUCCUACAAAAAAUACAAAGACAUGCACAACAAGUCACUCGAAGAUCCCGAAGAGUUCUGGUCCGAAAUAGCGAAUGAGUUUCAUUGGCAAAGCCCUCCCCAGCCCGGCAAUUUUGUUUCGUACAACUUCGACAUAAAUAAGGGCAAGAUUUUUGUGAAGUGGAUGGAAGGAGCCGUCACCAACGUCUGCUUCAACCUGCUGGACCGCAACGUAAGGAACGGGCAUGGGGAGAAAAUCGCCUAUUACUGGGAAGGCAACCACCCGGAUGACUACAGCCGGGUGACGUAUCGGAAGCUGAUGGACCAGGUGUGCCAGUUCGCCAACGCGCUGCGUGACUGCGGUAUCUGCAAGGGCGACCGGGUGUCCAUCUACAUGCCUAUGAUCCUGGAGACCGUCGUCUGCAUGCUCGCGUGUGCCAGGAUUGGCGCCGUCCACUCUGUUGUGUUCGCAGGGUUCUCCUCGGACUCUCUCGCGGAAAGGAUGGCAGACUGCAAGGCCAAGAUGCUGAUCACGGCCGACGGCGCGUGGCGCGGGGAGAAGCUGCUCGUCCUGAAGAACAUCUGCGACGAAGCCCUGGAGAAGGCCAAGGCCAAGCACAAGCACACCGUCCCGCUGUGCGUCGUCGUCUCUCAUCUGGCACGAGUGACGCCGUGUGGUGACCUCCCUGAUGACAUCAGGACAUUGUACAAGUGGGAUGACGAGAAAGACGUCUGGUGGCAUGAUCUGGUGGAGGGACAGUCCACCAUCUGUCCCCCUGAGUGGAUGAACGCUGAAGACCCGCUUUUCAUGCUUUACACCAGUGGUUCGACGGGCAAGCCCAAAGGAGUUCUCCACACCACUGCAGGCUACCUGACGUACGCCACGGCCACCCUGAGAUACGUCUUCGACUACCGGGAGAAGGACAUCUACUGGUGCACUGCUGACGUGGGCUGGAUCACCGGCCACACCUACGUGGUCUACGCGCCUCUAGCCAACGCUGCCACUUCUGUCAUGUUCGAAGGCACCCCGUUCUAUCCAGAAAACGACCGGUACUGGGCCCUGGUGGAUAAGUACAAGGUGUCGCAGUUCUACACCGCGCCCACUGCCAUCCGGGCGCUGAUCAAGUUCGGCGACGAUCACGUCAAGAAGCACAACCUGAAGACUCUGCGCGUCCUGGGCAGCGUAGGGGAGCCGAUCAACCCUGAGGCCUGGCUGUGGUACUACAACCUGGUUGGCGGUGGCCGCUGCUCCAUCGUGGACACCUUCUGGCAGACCGAAACCGGCGGCCACGUCAUCACCAGCCUGCCCGGCGCUACCCCCAUGAAACCUGGCGCUGCUGGUUUCCCGUUCUUCGGGGUGGAACCUGCUCUGCUGGACGAGAACGGCCAACUGAUCGAGGGUCCCGGAGAGGGCUACCUGGUGUUCUCGCGGCCCUGGCCCGGCAUCAUGAGGACCCUGUUCGGAGACCACGACCGCUACGAGAAGGUGUACUUCUCCAAGUUCCCCGGCUAUUACUGCACUGGUGAUGGAGCUAGGCGUGAUGAGGACGGCCUAUUAUGGGUGACAGGCCGCAUUGACGACAUGCUCAAUGUCUCGGGUCAUCUCAUGUCCACCGCUGAAGUGGAGGGGGUCCUCACCGAAGAACCCAGGGUGUCUGAGGCAGCCGUCGUGUCCCGGCCCCACCCCGUCAAGGGAGAAUCUCUAUACUGCUUCAUAAGCCUCAAUGAUGGCGCCAAAUUUGACCCCGACCUCGUGAACUGCCUGAAAAAACUAGUCAGGCAGAGGAUUGGCGCGUUCGCCGCUCCCGACGUGAUACAGUACGCCCCGGGACUCCCGAAGACCAGGUCGGGUAAGAUCAUGCGUAGGAUACUAAGGAAGGUGGCGCUGGGAGACCGGGACAUCGGAGACACGUCGACCCUUGCUGACCCAGGAGUCGUCGAGGAGCUGUUCAAGAACCGACCUUAAAUAUGCUUGAAGCGCUUCAAGCAGAUAGGGCACCUGAUUUUACUAAUUUUAGUUUAGUACUUUUAUCUCGUUUUAUGUACACAUCCUUACUUAAUUUGCAUCUAAGCGUAACGGUUAUUAAAUCUGCUGAAAUUGUCGACGCUAUUUAGUCAGUUUUUUAGUUUUACUGCUGUAUUGCAUUAGGAACUCUUCUAGCCUGGGGACUUCUCGUAUGCUAGAAGGUAGAGAUAUAAUGUCCUGAACAUUUAGUUUAUGAGAUAAGUAGUGUAAACAUCUGAGUCAGCCUUAUAAAUAGUUUUCUGCUGUCAAAUGUGCUAGCCAAUUGCUUUCCAAAGCUCUACAAUUUUCUUUCGACUGCCAUCCGUCCGCACCCUGUCCAACUAAACUCUACGAUUAAAACGACACCAAAACUACCCUUCUUUGCUGCCACGUCUACUACUUAUGUCUACUAAUAUUACCAUAUAAAUAACGUAAUGUACCUACUCAGGAUAUUUUCCUGUAGUCGUCUUUAGUGUUUAGAGGAUUGCAUUACAUUUUGUAGAAAAUAAGCCAAUAUAGAUGUCUAUUAAAGUUUAGGUGUCUGUCUAUAUUAAAAUAGAGUAAUCAUGAGCAAUGUUUAUGCAACUAAUGAUAAUAAUGACGAUGAGUUGGAAUAUUGAAUUCAAUACGCACUGAUGUUAGCGAGCUUGCACUGAAUACGCACUAUGUCGCAUGUGUUCACGAUUAUGUAAUACUUAUACUUAUAUAAAAUAACUUGAAUUCAAUAUCACAAUCUGUAAAAAUAUCCACUUCCUAAGUUAAAUAUUAACAAUGAAGCUCCGAAAAAACGCAAGUAAAAAAACAAAGUUAUUAUUGUAAAAUCUGGAUGUAACAUGAGUUGACAUUUUAAAUUGCCAUCAGUGUGUGACUACUUUUGAGAGUCUCAAAUUUAUUAUAAAUUAAUUGAUAUGAUUCCAUCAUAAUUAUUAAGGUCUUAAUACAAAAAAGUACCUGAGACUGUGUGAGAGUCGAAAUUUACGUCAGAAUAUUUAUUCGUGUAUGAGGUAUGAGAUAUGUAGCAGGUUUUGUUUUGUGAUGUCUUGAUUGUGGUCUAAAUAUUUGUUCACGUGAUUAGAACAUUCUGUAACUGUUCAUUCCAAGUUUUUAUGAGUCCUUUGAGUUAACUAACGAACAUUUAAAAAAAAUCACAACGACGUUCAAAACGAGACCUGAAUAGCACGUUUAAGCAAGUGGAAGGCUGACGUCGAAAUAAUAUCAAAAGUACGAAAAGAGAAACUAAAAAAAGUGCUAAAAAGGAAAAAUAUGACGAAGUUCAAAUUAACGGAUUGUUUUGUAUUGUUCAAGCGAAUUCACAUCAUAAGCGAAUUUGAAUUGCCUAUCAUCAAGCACACAUCAAGACAUGUACUUACUCGUACCUACAUCACUUGACGUGCGUGUGUCGAGCUGUGCUACAAGCUGUGCGAAUAUUAUUUCGAUGACAGUCCUUGCUGCCAUUUGUAUGGUCUAGCCUGCCGAGUUCUUUCAUUAGAUACAAAUAAAUAUAAUAAUUAUUAACGAAUUCAGUCAACCACGCCGGAGCCAAGGUAAGUCUAGUUUAUUUAUGUAUUUUGAGUAACUAGUGCACCACCAUUAAAAGCUAUAUGACCUAAUAUAUUUUUGAAUAAUUUAUUCAUUAAUAUGUAUUUUCAUAAUUUAUUUUAGUUAAAAAUCUGUAGCGUUUAACGCUGAUCAGAUUAGGAAGUAAACUCAAAAAAUUAAAAAUAAUAAUGUUAUAUUUAUUUGUAAAUAAUGAGUAGUCUUCUAAUCUGUGUGAUCUAUGUAUUUUUGUUUAUUUAAAUAAAUUAACUAUAAUAUUGACGCUUAUACCGAAGACGUCACCUAUUUUUGUGUGAAUUUUUGUUUAAUUUUUUUUUUGUAUAUUUGUUAAUAUCUAUAAAAAAUCUAUAAUUUUUGCCCCAAGGUGGCAUACACCGCACAAUUAUUUUUUUACUGUUAAAAUUUUCACAAAUUAUGAAAUAGUACAACUUAAUAUUGAGUUUGUGUUCCGAAAAAAGCUCAAACCAGGUCCAACCCUGGGGUGAGUUCAAAUCAUCGGUUUCGCAAAAAUUUGACACCUAAGACAUUUUUAUAAAAAUGGAAAAUUAUUUAAAAAUUUAAUGUUGUAAGGGUAAAAUAUAAUCAGAGCACGUCUUUGUGAUGCACAAAUGUUAUAUAGCUAAAAUAUAACUUUAUAUGAUGAAUACCUAUAUCGUAGGUGUGUGAAUGGCGUGUUUGAUAUUAUUUGUAUAUAAAGUGAUACAAAUAAUAUCAAACAUUGCUAUUUCGAAAUAUUUAUUCAUAAAAAAAUUGGAAACGCUGUUUAGGUACUAGCAAAAUUGUGAUAUUUUUUGUUUUGAGUCUAGUUUGUUAGUUGGUUUAACCAAUAAAUGGUCCCGGUGUUGAUGUAUGUUAGCGUAUCAAUCACAUACGACAACGGCCAGACUCAGUCAGUGGCAGACGGUCUGGAGAAUGCUAAGUAGUAACACUAUGAACUAGGUUCUUAGAGUAAACAAAAUCAUAUUUAAAUCUUCAUCAAAUAAAUAAAAAUAAUAAGUAUAUACGUAGUGGGUCUACUUUAUUUCCCGUUUCUUUGACAAUUUUGAUCGAGCUCAAUCGAACAAACUCAUAGUUUAACUUUUCUUCAACGAAUUUUGACCUUACGAGGUACAAUUGAAUUUAGCCACACAAAACCUUAAUAAAAUUGUGUGCGAUAUUGUUAUUUUUGGUAACUUAAGUAAUCUAAUUUUGAUUCGAAACUGAUAAUUAGGUACGACAUACUUACCUAUCUGUUGCUGCUCUGGCCGUGAUAUUUUUUCUUAAUAAACUAUUGAUUUAACAAUUGUCUAAUGAUUGCCCAUUUCGUUUCUUUUUAUUUUGGAAUUCACUUAAAUAGGCGUAGAAUAUACACGAACGUAUCAAAAAGGAGAUUUUAAACGAACCUACAACUUAUUUUAUGCGACCAUUGCAGUUAAACAAAACUUUGUCGUAAAAGGGUUAAGUUACAGCCGUCAUAUUUAAGAACUGUGUACCUUUGAGAAGUCAUAAUUUUAAUUUUAUGUAGGAGAAGAAGCUUUCUUAUCAUUCCAUAGAAUACGUUCCUAGCCGUAACCAAAGCAAGUUCAGUUAAUGAACACUUGAGUGUUGUGUUGAUUAAUGUUAAUCUCAUUAAAUAUUCAUUGCCUAAUUAUGUAAUGACACGUUGUAAUAAUAUAGUGGAGUUACCUAUCUAGAUGAUUACGUGGGUUAUUAUUUAUUAGUGUUAGUGUGUGUGAAAAACCCUAUUUGGAAAAUCAUAGGAAUAUAGUUCGUUCACUACUAUGUGUUUUUCAUGUUUAACGCUAUGAUAUUGGCAGUAAUAACGUAAAUAGCGAGUAAGGGAUAUUAUUGUGAUUGUAUGUCGAAACGAACAUAUCAUUUAAAGUGAUUAAAUUAUAUGAUUACUAUCUAA